UGUCUGCAACAAACCAUUGAAACUGUGGACUGCGAUGAGAGACGGAGGACCCACAUUUUUUUCUCAUGGAUAAAACACGUCUGACACCUUAGAUUCCGGCGUUGCUAUAUCGAUUUGAAGGUUAUAACAUCGUUAUAUGUAGCAUAUGUAAAUCACUUCAUAACAUUAAAAAAUCGUAGAAUUAAAUGAAUAAAUUAAACACUGUCAACGCUACAGACACACAGCAGUCUGACUGUUGAACAGAGGAUCGUUUUUUUUUAUUUGUUUUCCCCCUCGCUAUCAGCUGCUUGGAUUGUUUGAUCACUAUGUCUGGAGGUGUAAACAUGGAUGAAGACAGCAGAGUACCUGAGGACCUCUCUGUGGAGGAAAGAGAUGAGCUGUCAAACAUACGGCGCAGGAAGAAGGAGCUCCUGGAUGACAUUGAGCGGUUAAAGUUUGAGAUUUCUGAAGUAAUGACUGAGAUUGAGCAGUUGACAUGUGUGGGAGAGAGCAAAACUACACAGAGAAACAAACAGAUUGCAGUUGGGAGGAAGAAAUUCAACAUGGAUCCCAAAAAGGUUAGAU